CCUCAAAAAAACAGAAAAAAAUUGCUCUAACAGGCUCAGCAGAAACACUAAGGUUAACGGCCAAUAUCGGGGCUUAUUGGGCAUUUAUGAAGCGCCUUGCCCCGAAGAUCCGUCAGUGGCAUAGGGAUGCAUACUGCGGUUCUAUAUUUCAGCACUACAUUUUGUUUGGGGCUCCUGCGGCUGAUCGGCCCACCCUUGAGCUGCUGCUGAGCUUUUUCGAUAGAGAUAAUAACACCUUUUGUAUACCUGAUUCAAAAAGUGGGGGUAUGAAAAAUGUUAGUUUUGAUUUGCAAUGGGUCCACAACCAUACUUAUUUCCCAAUUUAUGGGGAGGACAUAAGGAACAAUAGGGACUCAAGAAGCAGAAUAUGGCUGGAAUACUUCGCUAAGCUUUUCAUUUCUGAAGAGGGUAAGAAGUUAAAAAAAUCAGAAACCAGCCAACGUAAACAUCUUGAAGGGCUACUUGAACGGCUUGUUGAAUCUACCAAAAAGCGGGAUAUCGAGGAUUUUGCUCUGCUACAAAUUUUGUACCAAUGCUCUAUGAUAUGGAGUCCCAUAGCAGGGGAAGGUAUCCCUAGACCCUUACUCAGAUACCUGGAUAGCAUUCAGAGGGUCAAUUCUGUUGCAUGGGCCCCGUUCUUUUAUAAUGAAAUUAUCAGGGGCAUUGGAGUUGCUUUGGAGGGAAAGAAGAAGCAAAAGGUCGCAUAUGUCCCAGGUUGCAUGACACUAUUGUGUGUAAGUUCCAUAUUUUACUGAUCUUGUUUCAUUCUAAUUCGUACCUAUGCAUUGUUAGUUCUAACUUAUUCUAUGUUAGUUCUAUUCUGUAGCGUGUUAGUUCUAAUCUGCACAGUGUUAGUUCCGUUCUGUAGAGUGUUAGUUCUAAUCUGCAGAUUAGAACUCACACGCUACAGACAGAUUAGAACUA